CCGGAAGUUGCUUUCCUAGCGGAGCCUGCCGUUGGGGCGGAGCGGUCUGAGAGGAACGUGCGUUAAACGUUGCAAGUAGGUGGUGUGGAGCUCAAGCUGGAAUCGGGAGUUCGGACCGAUUCUGUACGAAGAAGGUGUGUACGAAGAAGGGGGUUCAUUGAAAAAUCCUUAGUGACAUAAAUUAGCCAAUGACUCGGAAUGAUGGAUUCUCUGAAGAUUGGAAAUGGUUUGCCAAUGAUUGGACCAGGGACUGAUGUAGGGAUAUCUUCACUCCCCAUGGUGGGGUACUUGGGAAAAAAUUAUGAUUCAGCUAAAGUUACACCAGAUGGGUAUUGUCCUGCUUGUAGAGAGAAGGGAAAGCUAAAAGCCUUAAAGACUUACCGAAUUAGUUUCCAAGAAUCUAUCUUUUUGUGUGAAGAUCUGCAGUGCAUCUAUCCCUUGGGCUCUAAAUCACUUACUAAUUUAAUUUCUCCUGAUUUGGAAGAUUGUCACACUCCAAAUAAACCCCAAAAAAGAAAGAUACUGGAAACCAGCUGUAAAGAUUUUCCUCUUUUAGUAAAUUCCAAAAAGACUCGAUACCAUACUGUUACUGAUGCUGAGCAGAUUUUGAACCAUAAACAUAAUGGAGAAGUAUGUGGUGAAACUUCAUCUAAUUUACCAGGUAAUGGUCACCAGAAUCCAGGGAGGACAAUUGGUUCCUUGGAGCAGAAUGAGACUUUGGAAGUUGUUGUGGACAUGGCUACUGAAGAAGACGCUGCUUCAGUUGACGUCUCUGGAAGUGGGGCAGUGCUCCCACAGAAUGAAAGAUCUGAACUGGAAGUGCCGUCUGAGAGCCGGUGUUUAUCGUUUUGCCAGACUUUGUGUGUCCAGUGGGAGAAUGCUCAGGCUCUCUGCUGGUUAGACUGUAUCCUUUCAGCUUUGGUGCACUUGGAAGGAUUGAAGAACACUGUGAAUGAAUUGUGCUCCAAGGAGGAAUGUGUAUUUUGGCGGUUAUUUGGAAAAUAUAAUCAAGCAAAUGAGCUUCUGUACACCCACCACUUGCAUGGUGUUAAAGGUGGAAAUUGUGAAAAACUUACUUCAGAAAUAUUUGCAGAGAUAGAGACCUGUCUGAAUGAAGUUAGAGAUGAAAUUUUUACUAAACUUCAGCCUCAGCUUCGAUGCACAUUAGGUGAGAUGGAAAGCCCUGUGUUUGCACUUCCCCUGCUGUUAAAAAUAGAACCCCACAUUGAAAAGCUCUUUAUAUAUUCUUUUUCUUGGAAUUUUGAAUGUUCACAAUGUGGACACCAGUAUCAAAACAGGUGUUUGAAGAAUCUGGUCACCUUUACAAAUGUUGUCCCUGAAUGGCACCCACUUAACGCUGCCCAUUUUGGUCCAUGUAACAGUUGUAAUAGUAAAUCACAAAUAAGAAAAAUGGUACUGGAAAUAGUGUCUCCCUUAUUCAUGCUGCACUUUGUAGAAGGCUUACCGCGUAGUGAUUUGCAGCACUACGAAUUUCAGUUUGAAGGCAGUCUUUAUCAGAUAACAUGUGUAAUACAGUAUCAAGCAAGUAAUCAUUUUAUAACAUGGAUUUUAGAUGGUGAUGGAAGUUGGCUAGAAUGUGAUGACUUAAAAGGUCCAUGUGCUAAAAGACAUGAGGAGUUUGGAGUUCCUGCUUCAGAGAUACAUAUUGUUAUUUGGGAAAGAAAAAUGUUCCAAGUAGUAGAUAAAGAAGCUGCUUGCCUUCCACUCAAGAAGCAUACAUUAGGUGAGAAGCCAGCUUCUCCAGCACUGUGCUCUAUGGGUGAGACUGCUGAGGCAGAAACCUCUGUCACUUACCCCACACAUCUGUCAGUUGCUCCUCAGACCUUCCCACAGGACAAGGCUGAAGCUAAAGGUUUGGUUGAUAGUAUUUUACCUUUGACACUGGAAGGAACUAUCCAGGAAGCUGCCUCUGUUUUUCAGAUUGCCUCCAAAGACUUCCUAUCAGAAGGCAAUCCUGUGACAGAAAAUAUAAGCCUUGUCAAAGCAAAUACUUUGCCAUCACAGGAACCACUGAUGACUUCUUUAUUGUCUAAUCUAUGUAAAGAAAAGGUUAUCCAUGCCCAGUUUGUGGAUGUAAGUUUCCCAUCGCAAGUUGUAAAUACAAACAUGCAGUCGAUACAGGCACAUGCAGAAGACGCUGCAGUUCCUAAAUCUGUGACUAAUGUCCAUGCUCCUGGUGGUGUUCAGGAAGUGAAGUCAGUGGAAACUGAGGACACUCAAUUAAGAUUCCUUCCACUACAAACUGAAAAACUAAAGCCAGAACAACAUAGCACACCUCAGGUAUCUAACUUGAAAAACAAAGCAACCACAACAUACUCUAAAACUGUAACUGCCAAGUCAUCACAGAAUCGGCCUCUGAAAGAAAACCAGAAGAAGCCAUUUGUGGGAAGCUGGGUUAAAGGCCUGUUGAGCAGGGGUGCUUCUUUCAUGCCGCCAUGUGUUUCAGCUCAGAACAGAAACUCUCUAGCUGAUCUGCAGCCCUCAGUUAAAGGAGCAAAUAAUUUUGAUGGUUUUAAAACUAAAAGUGUAAGUCAGAAGGCCAGCUGGGUGUCCAAGAAAGCUUGUGAGUGUGUAGCUGAGGCUUCUCCAGUCAGCAGCUCGACAGCAUCAGGUAGCACAGCUGCUUUUCCACGUCCUUGUGGGAAUGGUGCUUCAGAACUACUGAAGAAGCAGGAAUGCUCCUCAGAUGUAGCUCACCUCAGCCACAAUUCCCAUAGAAACGAAAACAGCAUUUCUUUAGUAAGCCAUGGAGCCUCAGCUGAAGAUCAGAUUCAUAAACUUCGUCUAAAACUUCUUAAAAAGCUAAAGGCAAAAAAGAAGAAAUUAGCUGCUCUUACGUCUUCCCCCCAAAAUGGAACACUCCCAAGUGAAAAUUUAGAAGCUGUGUCCCAUUGUGGUUCUCCAAAUGACUCUGAGUCAAUAGAAGACUUAUUAAACGAACUACAGUAUCAGAUUGACCUUGCUGAUAACAAAGCCGGAUGCACCACUGUUCCUAGUGUUACCUCAUAUAAUAGUCAGAGUCAUGAAGAUAUUUUAGCAGAAUUAUUGUCUCCUACAACUGUGUCAACUGAGCUCUCGGAAAAUGUGGAAAGUGACUUUAGAUACUUGGAAAUGGGAGAUGACAACAGCACCCCAGCACCAGUACCCAGUGAAUUAAAUGGUAUUUCCAAGAACACUCAUCUGAAACAGGACCACAAUUACUGCAGCCCUACCAAGAAAAAUCAAUGUGAAGUUCAGCCAGGUUCACUAACAGACAACCCUUGCAUAAGAGCAUUGAACUUGGAGAGUCCUGUGAAGGCUGAUAUUUUUGAUGAGUUUUUUUCCACAUCAGCAUUGAAUUCUUUAACAAAUGACACAUUAGACUUACCUCAUUUUGAUGAGUAUCUAUUUGAGACUUGCUGAAUGCUUAUUAACUUUUAGUUUAGUAUUUAUUAUUACUGUUAGAAGAAUUUGUGUUUCUGUGUUAACUGAAGUGCACUGGCCCUAUGUAAUAACCAUGAAUAAAAUGUAAGCUGCUGGUCCUUUACCUUUGAUUUUGCCCAUGAAGCAUGCAAUCUAUUUUGCAAAUUAAAAUCCUCAGAGUUUUUGCUA